CACUGUCUUUUUGUUUCUGCUUUCAUGCUUGCAUCCAAAGUAAUAUGUGAUGACACUUACUCCAAUAAAACCUGGAGUAUUGUGGUGCAGGGCAUGUUCCAAUUGCACAAAAUUAACCAGAUGGAGUGCGAGAUAUGUCAGUAUCUGGAGCGAGGGCACAGUCAAGAACCUUACCCAACUUACAUUCUUCCCUCAUCAUCAAAG